GAGAAGCGGGGAGGAGAUGGAGCGAGGCCGGCUCCUGGGGAUGGGGCGGGAGCCGCGUCUUCGCUUCUAUCCGUGACCUGCGGGCCGACCUUUCUCAAGGCAGGAGCCGACUGCCCUUUGGGGUUCAGUAUGUGUCUGCCAUGCUCUUUUAGGUGCCCAAAGAGCCGAAGACUGGCCUCUGUUCCUGUAAAGAAGCAGGUGCCUCUGUGAUUAAUUCCCGAUGUGGUGUUGGUGCAGAUUUAUUAUUUGAAUUGUUGAAGAUGUCAUCAGGCCUUACGGAGGAGCAAAAGAGGAGGAUUGAAGAGAACCGGCGGAUAGCUUUGGCUCGGAGAGCAGAGAGGCUGGCAGUCCAGAGAGCUGGGCAGGUGGGGAUUGCUGCACCUCAGGUGAAAGAACAGAGUCCAGGCAAUCAGGGCAACUCGAAGGAAGAAGACAACCAUGCCAGGUUCACCAGCCAGCACCAACAGAAUCCAAACAAUCCUGUGGAGCAGAAGAGCUAUCUUCAGAAAGGUUAUAACCAUUACACUGCAAACCAACAGAUGGCUGGUUCACAAAGGGAGCAGCAAAAGAAUUGUUCAGAGGACUCGGAACAAGCAAGUGGCCUUAAGCAUUUCUCUACAAUGAUCUCAAAUUCUCUGAGUUAUUCCCAUAAACAUUACUUGGAUGCUGGUGGUCAGGAACAUGGACAACAAGCUUUAAUUAAUCUUGGAACCUUCCGGCAGUCCAAAUGCAACCCAGCUUUCAAAAACUCCACAGAACCAUCUCAUCCUAGAUUAAUUGAUAACGAGCACCCUGAGAGUGGUAAAACUUUACAACGUCUGAACAAAUCUGCCAUAAAAUAUAUUCUACCAUCAAGCAGUGCCACCCCAAGUGAUUCAGAAAUGCUGAUAAACACAAGCAGACUGGCAGAAAGAAAAGGGGAAGGUUUUGUGUCUCAGGCCACUGGUAGGAUGCAGAAGCUAACCAGCUCUGCUGGUGUGGGCUCUACCUUUGAAGCUGCCUGUGGCAAGAAAGCAAAUAAUGUUACAAAAGGAAAAUGUGUGAAAUAUGGGGAAGACCGAUUCCAGGUCGAAAUAGGGUAUAAUGCUGAACUUAUUGCUGUGUUUAAGAAGGUACCAAGCAAAGCCUAUGAUCCUGCUAUGAAAAAAUGGAAUUUCAGCUUGAGAGAUUACAGCAGUCUCAUGAAAGCAGCUAAUCAACUUUCGUCAGUGGUUCUGGCACCACUGGAAGGAGAAAAUGCAGUUGGCUCAGGCUCUCAUUUUGUUGGCAGUGGGGUUGAUGUGAAAUCCCUCUUGGAGAUGUGUAAGAACUGGAAGAAACCCUCAGCCCUUGUCAAAGGGAAAUGUGUGCUGAUCUCUCGCUUGCGAUUUGAGGUUGAUAUUGGGUAUGCUGCAGAAGUGAUCGGAGUGUUCAAACAGAUGGAUUCCAGAAAUUAUGAUGUGAACACCAGAAAGUGGAAUUUCCUGCUGGAGGAUUACCCCAAACUAAUGGAAGUGUUACAGAGCCUCGUGUCAGUAGAAGUGGAGCCACUGCCCCAGGCAGUAAUACAGACCUUUGCUGCUCAGCUUCAGAGUUCCCAGUCACACACAGACAUUCCCGAUGCCGACCUUUCAGUAGUGGACUCCAAAAUUGUGACAAGCCUCAUGCCCUUUCAGCGGGAAGGUGUGAAUCGUGCAAUUUUGAGAAACGGACGUUUACUCCUUGCGGAUGACAUGGGCUUGGGCAAGACCAUCCAGGCGAUCUGCAUUGCUGCCUAUUACCGAAAGGAAUGGCCCUUGCUGGUGGUGACUCCUUCUUCCGUGAGGUUUACAUGGGCAGAGGCAUUUCACAGGUGGCUUCCGUCCUUGAGUCCAGAUAGCACUAAUGUCAUAGUGACUGGCAAAGACAACCUAACAGGAAGCUUGAUCAACAUCAUCAGUUUUGACCUUCUCAGCAAGAUGGACAAGCAACUUGAGAGCACAUUCCAAGUAGUUAUUGUUGAUGAAUCUCAUUUCCUGAAGAACGUAAAAACUGCACGGUGCCGAGCUGCCAUGCCUCUACUCAAGGCUGCCAAGAGAGUGAUCCUGCUUUCAGGAACCCCUGCCAUGUCACGGCCAGUGGAGCUCUACACGCAGAUCGCGGCUGUCCAGCCAUCCUUUUUCCCACAAUUCCACUCCUUUGGGCUACGCUACUGUGAUGCCAGAAAGAUGCCAUGGGGUUGGGACUACUCUGGAUCAUCCAACUUAACUGAACUGAAAAUUUUGCUGGAAGAGUCCAUCAUGAUCCGACGUCUGAAAUCAGAUGUGCUUUCCCAGCUUCCAGCAAAGCAACGCAAAAUGGUUGUGGUGGCUCCUGAGGGCCUUAGUGCAAAGACCAAAGCUGUCUUGGAAGCUGAAGCAAAGAAGAUGGCCAAAGGCUAUAAAAGUAAACAACAGGAGACGGAAGCUCUUCUCGUCUUCUUCAACAGAACGGCAGAAGCUAAAAUCCGCUCAGUCAUAGAAUACAUCCUGGAGUUACUGGAAAGUGGGAAUAAUAAAUUCCUGGUGUUUGCUCAUCACAAGAUAAUGCUGGAUGCAGUAGUUGCAGAGCUGGAGAAGAAACACGUUGACUACAUUCGCAUCGAUGGCUCCACUCCUUCAGUCGAGCGUCAGUCUCUGUGCCAAAAGUUCCAGUUCUCAGAGAAGCAGGUUGUGGCUGUCCUUUCCCUCACUGCUGCAAAUAUGGGCCUUACGUUGUCUGCUGCAGACCUGGUGGUGUUUGCAGAGCUCUUCUGGAACCCAGGGAUUUUGAUCCAAGCAGAAGAUCGGGCACAUCGAAUUGGACAGACCAGCUCCGUUAACGUUCACUACCUGGUGGCCAGAGGCACAGCAGAUGACUACUUAUGGCCAAUGAUUCAAGAGAAGAUCAAAGUGCUGGGCGAAGCUGGUCUUUCAGAAACCAAUUUCUCUGAAACAGCUGAGUCCACUAAUUACUGUCCUAAGCCUGAUCCAAAGCAGCAGACCAUCUAUGACCUUUUCCAGAGGACCUUCUCGGAGAGCAGAGAUGACGCUGAUGAUGCUUUGCUUUUGGAGGCAGCUGAUGCUGGCUGUGAGUUUGACUCUGACAGUGUCUUGCAAGAUAGAGAAGCAGAAACAUGUUCAGCGAGUCCCCAAAAAAAGCGGCGUAUUGAGGAGUUUUUUAAAGUGUAAUGGUGACAGCAAAAGAGACAGCAGCUAAGAGAUCUUUUUUAAUUAAAAAAGAAAAACCAAAACCAAUCAGGUUUUAUUUUUCAGUUUUCAAAAAUAAAAGACUUCAAGUUUUC